UUUGGAACCUACACAAAGCAUCCUCUGUGACACUGGUGGACACCUUCGGGUAUGAGUGCCAAUUGUAGAGGCAGAGGAUUUGGGCGAGGAGGAUUUCAAAGCUGGAGAAGAGGAAGAGGUGGUUGGGGCUCUGGUAAAGGGAGAGGAAAAGAACAAAGAAAUGAUGGGAAGAAAAGUACAGACAAGCAUGUUUCUUUACAAAACCCAGAAUCUUGGCCACGGCAAUCGACUCUCGACCAGUUCAUACCAUAUAAAGGCUGGAAGCUUUAUUUCUCAGAAGUUUACAGUGAUAGCUCUCCUUUUCUUCAGAAGAUUCAGGCAUUUGAAAAUUUUUUCACAAAGCACAUUGAAUUGUAUGAUAAGGAUGAAAUCGAAAGAAAAGGGAGUAUUUUGGUAGAUUAUAAAGAACUGACACAAGAUGAUAAAUUGAUUGACUUGAUACCAAACAUAGCAACUGAAUUGAGAGAUAUGCCUGAAAAAACAUUGGCCUGCAUGGGUCUGGCAAUUCAUCAGAUAUUAACAAAAGAUCUUGAAAGACAUGCAGCUGAAUUACAAGCCCAAGAGGGAUUAUCAAGUGAAGCAGAAACAAUUGUAAAUGUACCACAAAUCAUUGCAAGGGUAUACAACUAUGACUCCCUAACUCAGCUGAAAAACGUCCGAGCCAAUUGCUAUGGGAAAUACAUUGCUUUACGAGGAACAGUUGUUCGAGUCAGUAACAUAAAACCCCUUUGUAUCAAGAUGGCUUUUUUGUGUGCUGCCUGUGGAGAAAUACAAAGUUUUUCUUUUCCAGAUGGAAAAUACAGUCUUCCCACAAAGUGUCCUGUGCCUGUAUGCCAUGGGAAAACAUUCACUGCCCUCCGAAGCUCUCCUCUCACAGUUACUGUGGAUUGGCAAUCUAUUAAAAUUCAGGAGCUGAUGUCAGAUGACCAAAGAGAAGCAGGCCGGAUUCCUCGAACAAUAGAAUGUGAACUUGUUCAGGACCUUGUAGAUAGCUGUGUCCCAGGAGACAUAGUCACCAUUACAGGAAUUGUUAAAGUAUCAAAUAGUGAAGAAGGUUCUCGAAAUAAAAAUGACAAAUGCAUGUUCCUCUUAUACAUUGAAGCAAAUUCUGUCAGCAAUAGCAAAGGACAAAAAACAAAAAUUUCUGAAGAUGGGGCAAAUUAUGGAACAUCUAUGGAGUUUUCACUGAAAGAUCUUUAUGCUAUCCAAGAGAUUCAGUCUGAAGAAAACCUUUUUAAGCUUAUUGUCAACUCACUUUGCCCUGUAAUUUUUGGUCAUGAACUUGUUAAAGCUGGUUUGGCAUUAGCACUCUUUGGAGGUUGCCAGAAAUAUGUGGAUGACAAAAAUAGAAUUCCAGUUCGAGGAGACCCACACGUCCUAGUGGUUGGAGAUCCAGGAUUGGGAAAGAGUCAGAUGCUACAAGCAGUGUGUAAUGUUGCCCCACGUGGUGUUUAUGUUUGUGGUAAUACAACUACUUCAUCUGGCUUGACUGUCACACUUUCAAAAGAUAGUGCAUCUGGAGACUUUGCAUUAGAAGCUGGUGCCCUGGUACUUGGUGAUCAAGGUAUUUGUGGAAUAGAUGAAUUUGAUAAGAUGGGGAAUCAGCAUCAAGCUCUGCUAGAAGCUAUGGAACAGCAAAGCAUUAGCCUUGCUAAAGCUGGCAUUGUCUGCAGCCUCCCAGCAAGAACUUCAAUUAUUGCUGCAGCAAACCCAGUUGGGGGACACUAUAAUAAAGCCAAAACUGUUUCUGAAAAUUUAAAAAUUGGGAGUGCUCUGUUAUCCAGAUUUGAUUUGGUAUUUAUCCUACUGGACACCCCAAAUGAGGAUCAUGAUCAUUUACUUUCUGAACAUGUGAUGGCAAUAAGAGCUGGAAAGAGGAAAACAGUCGCAAGUGCCACCGUGUCUCGUUUGAGCAGUCAGGAUUCAAACACCUCUCUGCUUGAAGUUGUUUCUGAUAAACCUUUAUCAGAAAGACUUAAGGUUUCUCCUGGAGAAAACUUAGAUCCAAUUCCACAUCAUUUAUUGAGAAAGUAUGUUGGAUAUUCUCGGCAAUAUGUUCAUCCAAAGUUAUCUCCAGAAGCUGCUCAAAUUCUUCAAGAUUUUUAUCUUGAGCUUCGGAAACAGACUCAACGAUUAAAUGGUACACCAAUUACCACAAGGCAGUUGGAGUCACUAAUUCGUCUGACAGAGGCUCGGACAAGGUUGGAAUUAAGGGAAAAAGUAACCAAAGAAGAUGCAGAGGACAUAGUUGAAAUUAUGAAGUACAGUAUGCUAGGAACUUACUCAGAUGAAUUUGGAAAUCUGGAUUUUGAGCGUUCCCAACAUGGUUCUGGAAUGAGCAACAGGUCAGCAGCAAAAAGGUUCAUUUCUGCUCUCAACACCAUUGCAGAAAGAACCUAUAAUAAUAUAUUUCAAUAUCAACAACUUCGACAGAUUUCUAAAGAGCUAAACAUUCAGGUUGCUGAUUUUGAAAAUUUUAUCAGUUCACUAAAUGACCAAGGUUACCUCUUGAAAAAAGGUCCAAAAGUUUACCAGCUUCAAACUACAUAAAGUGAAUUUCCCAGUAAUAGCUUGUUUACCAUCAACAGUUGCUUUUAAAAAGAGUUUUCUUUAUGUAUGAGAUGUAGAGGAAUGUAUGUGUGUAUAUAUAAAUGUAUAUAUGUAUAUAUUGUCAAUUUAAUAUUAGUCAUGUAGUUGUCUUAAAAUAAAGCACAAAACCAGAAAAGGGUCUUAAAUUUUUGUAGUCAGAAAUGCCACAUGAAAUGAGAAACACAUGA